CGGGUAACGGAUUUCUAGCGAGUCAGUUAGAGCGGGAAUAGUACCAAAUAAUAAAAACACGUGUUUGGCGUUAUAUAACCACCAUUACCGUUACAUUAGACAGACCUUAUAUUAUAACUCAUACAUAACCUAAAUUUUAUUUAAUUUUGUUUAUAAUUUUUUUUAUGUUCUUUUUAAAACAAACAUUAACUAAUAUGCGGUGCAAUUUAAGAUUUUAAUUGUGUGUAAAAGCUGAUAAUGCUGCAGUAGUUUAAAAUGGAUUCAACUAAGAAGUAUGAUAAUCCGAGCCCUGAAGAAUCUGCUAAUGGUUUAAGUAAACUGUUUUACUGUUGGGUUUUACCAUUUUUCAAGGUUGGAUAUAAUAAUGACCUACACAUUAAGGAUAUUUACAAUACCACAAAGCCCGACUUAUCUGGCCCCUUGGGAGAUGCUUUGGAAAGGAAUUGGAAUGCUGAGGUGCUCAACUCGCAAAAAACCAAAAAGAAGCCCAGUUUGCAAAGGGCAAUAUUUAAAACAUUUGCAAAAAUAUACAUGUUUUAUGGCUUCAUUAUAUUCCUAAAUGUAUUUUUAAUUAAGAUGUCCCAACCCCUAGUGUUAGGAGCCUAUAUAAGAUAUUUUGAAAAAAGUUCCACAAGCCCUCCGGCCAGAGGCUGGUUGUUGGCAUCAGGAGUAAUUGCUCUCACAUUUAUUAGUUUAAUUUCUCUUCAUUUUACGCAAUUUAGUUGUAAUAGAAUUGGUAUGCGGGUGCGAGUUGCCUGUUGCUCUCUGAUGUAUCGAAAGCUUUUAAGACUGAACCAUUUGUCACUGGGUAAAACCGCUGCUGGUCACCUCAUAAACCUCAUGUCCAAUGAUGUUGCUCGAUUUGACGUCGCAAUGCCCUUUUUACAUUACAUAUGGAUUAUGCCUAUACAGGCUUUAGCUGGAUUCGGUAUUAUGUACAGUUAUAUCGGCUUAGCUGCUAUACCCACCAUGGUUGUGAUGACUUUACAAGCAAUUUUCGGACAAGGUUACCUGUCCAAGCUUCAAGGGUUGUACAGGGGCAAAAUAGCUCGCCUAACCGACGAGAGGGUAAAAAUAAUGAGCGAAGUGACGUCCGGCAUCCAAGUGAUAAAAAUGUACGCAUGGGAAAAACCUUUUGAGAAAGUGGUGGAGUUUGCCCGAAGGAAAGAAGUCGACAUGAUCACCAGAACGUCUUACAUAAAAGGCUUUUCUGCGGCAUUAAAUGUUUUUGUUGAAAGGGGAACGCUUUAUAUUGCUGUGAUAUCUUUUGUAUUAUUAGACAAGCGGAUUACCGGUGAAAUAGUAUUUUCAGUGGCGCAGCUACUGAACACUAUACAACUGUAUAUGUCUAUAUUUUUUCCAAUUGCUUAUUCGGCUUAUGAGGAGGCUAAAGUUUCCGUUAGGCGAAUUGAAGAGUUUUUAUUGAUGCAGGAGAAUCCCACCAUUUGUUACUCGGAUGAUAACAAAAAAGAAACACCAUCAAGCGGUAUAAAAUUAGUCAAAGUCCGCGCCAGUUGGCUACCAAACCCAAUUGCGCAAACAUUAUCGGAUAUAGAUCUGGAAAUUCGUCCUGGAACCCUUUGUUGCGUCGUGGGACCGGUUGGGUCAGGAAAAAGCUCUCUGCUACAAGUGAUUCUAAAAGAAUUACCUUUAAAUAUGGGUCACUUAGAGGCUCCCAGUAAGAUCUCGUAUGCCGCACAAGAACCCUGGCUGUUCACCUCCAAUGUGAGAAAGAAUAUUUUGUUCGGUUUGCCUCAUGAAAAGGAGAGAUACAAACAAGUGGUCCAAGUAUGCGCCUUACAAAGAGACUUUGACGAGUUGCCCUUCGGUGAUAAGACGCAAGUAGGAGAAAAGGGCUCGGCCCUAAGUGGGGGCCAAAGGGCCCGGGUCGCCCUUGCCCGGGCCGUGUAUAGGGAGGCGGACGCCUAUUUAUUAGACGACCCCUUAAGUGCGGUCGAUGCCCAUGUGGCAAAUCACUUAUUCGAGCAAUGCAUCCAGGAAUAUUUAAAAGGGAAAACCAGGAUUUUGGUCACGCAUCAAGUGCAGUUCCUUAAGGGUGCCGAUUUGAUUAUCGUCUUAAAUAAUGGCAAAAUAGACAAAAUCGGCACCUUCGACGAGUUAGAAUCCGACAUUUCGACCCUCUCAAAAGAAGUCGAGCAGCAGCAUCAGAAGCAAGAGAAGCAAAAAGACGAAGAAAUCGCCAAAGUCAAUAAAAGGGAGCGACUUCAGUCGAUAUCUUCGGUUAUUAGCAUGGUUGGAUCAGAACCAGACGAAACCGAAGAGUUAUUAGAGAAAGGGGAGAUCAAAACAUCUACCUAUUUAGAAUAUUACAGGGCCGGAGCUCCGUAUAUUCUUUUGGCGGGGCUAAUGCUGCUUAUGUUAAUCGCUCAAGUGAUGUGCAACGCGUCUGAUCUAUGGGUUACCCAUUGGACGAACCAAGAGGAAUUAAGACACAAACAUAUAAAUGACAAUUUAAAGAAUUCGAGCUCUCUAAACGGAACAACAGUAUUACCAGAUUUACUACAAUUAGAUAACGACACUGAGGUCACAACGAUCAUGACAACUCUAUUCCCGCAAUUGAAUAACGGUAGCGAAUUAGCUUUAAAUGACAAUAAAACGUCGAUUAUUGACAAUAUGACCUCAAAAGGGAAUGAGGGUGAUAGGAUGGAGUCAACGGUCUACUACAUUUGGAUUUAUACAGUUUUGAUUUUAUUGGCUGUUAUUCUUACAAGUGCCAGAUCCGUAGCCUUCUACAAAGUGUGUAUGGAAGCCUCGAAGCGACUACACAAAAAAAUGUUCGGCAACAUUUUAAAAGCCCCGAUGGCCUUUUUCGACAGCAAUCCCUCCGGUAGAAUCUUAAAUAGAUUCUCGAAGGAUAUGGGGGCGGUCGACGAGGUUUUGCCCAAAUGUAUUCUCGAUACGGUACAAAUUUUCUUGGUUAUGAGCGGCAUUUUAGGAAUGGUAUUUAUUGUAAGCCCCUGGAUGGUAAUACCGGCAAUCAUUUUGGGAUAUUUCUUCAUUUGGGCGAGAAAAGUGUAUCUUUCCUCGGCCCAAGAUAUUAAGCGACUAGAAGGGGCCACUAAGGCUCCAGUUUUCUCUCACGUUUCUGCUAGUUUAUACGGGAUGACGAGCAUAAGAUCUUUUAAGGCCCAGAAUAUGGUUAUCCAAGAAUUUGACACUUUACAGGAUCAACAUACAUCAACAUGGUGUCUUUUUAUCGCAACAAGCGAAGCGCUCGGAUUUUAUUUGGAUAUCAUUAGCUCACUGUUUUUAGCACUAGUGACUUAUCAGUUUUUGAUUUUUCAAGAUGAGAACACCGUCAGUGGUAAUGUCGGACUAGUGAUUGCACAGAGCAUGAUCCUUACAGGGAUGCUUCAAUACGGCGUACGUCAAUCCGCCGAAGUUUCUUCCAAUAUAAUCAGCGUGGAGCGAGUACUUCAGUACACCCGUUUGGAACAAGAGGGCCCUUGGGACCCGCUGCCUGCCCAUCGACCGCCCACAGAUUGGCCCCGCACUGGCCAAGUGGCCUUUAAACAUGCUUAUCUAAGAUACACCCCAGACGCACCACCUUCCAUUAAAGAUCUAAACGCUCAGCUUAGAUCCGGAGAGAAAGUUGGCAUUGUUGGUAGAACCGGUGCUGGUAAGUCAUCGUUGGUGGCCACGUUGUUUCGCCUCGCACCGGUAGAGGGCAGAGUGGAAAUCGACGAGUUGGACACCGCCAAUGUAGGACUUAAGGCGUUGAGGUCUUCCAUUUCGAUUAUACCGCAAGUGCCUACGUUGUUCUCUGCUAGUCUAAGGUAUAAUCUGGAUCCGUUCGAAAAAUGUUCGGAUGAGGAAUUAUGGAAAGCAUUGGAACGUGUAGAACUAAAACAGAGCGGUGUAUCUUUAAACGCGACGGUCAGUGAAGGAGGAGCCAAUUUUAGUGCCGGACAGAGGCAGCUAAUUUGUUUGGCGCGGGCCAUUGUCAGAAAUAACAAAAUUUUGGUAAUGGAUGAGGCUACUGCCAACGUAGAUCAGCAUACGGAUUCUCUUAUUCAGUCGACAAUUCGAGACGCUUUUAAAGAUCGAACGGUUAUUACGAUUGCACACAGAUUAAACACAAUAAUAGACUCAGACCGAGUAAUGGUUAUGGAUCAUGGCGAAGCGGUUGAAUUCGAUUCACCUCAUCUACUCCUCCAAAAUGCCGACGGUUAUUUUACCAAAAUGGUGGAACAGACUGGGCCGAACAUGGAGGCAAAACUCAGACAACUCGCCAAAGAAGCGUAUGAAAGUCACCAGAACAGUAAUUCAAACAACGAACUUGUUCAAAAAGAGAUCAAAUACGAUUGAGGUUCGAUCCUCGUCGCCAGGUUUAUGUAUUAACUAGUCAUUUAAAAGAAAAACUACUUUAUUUUUAUGACGAAUUUUUGCCUUAACAUAACAAAUAAUAUUUUAGUUUUAUUAUAUAUAUAUAUUUACAUACAAUUGUUAUGACACUUAAACAGUAUUUACCUUCUACUUUGUACUUAAUAAAUUAUAUUUACAAUCUAAAUUAAA